AUGACAAACACGACGAUUGUUGGAAGCUACAAUAUUGAUGUUGGAAAUAUAGAGAGCUUUGAAGUUAUAACAUUGGUGUUGAUAGUUACAAGGUCAAGGUUUACAACAUUAGUGUCAAAAAUUUUAAAAAUAUUUGAGAAGUUAGCAGCGACUUUUGUUAUGCAGUGGACAACUAAUCAGAAUUUUCUACCAACAACUCGCAUGUUUUCAUCGAUAACAACGACAACAUUAACUAACAUUAAUGGCAACAACGAUUUCAAUGCAACACUCACCAAGGAUUCAACUUUUGAUGAUGAUUUAGAUAAGACGCCAUUCUGGAAAACUGAUGAGGAUGAGUUUUUCAUCGCCACAUCACUGAUCAACCACGAAUCUUACAAUAUACAUCAAAAUACCGGUCUGGUCUUUAUACACCUCGCAAAAUCAAUAGAAAACAAUAAGCGUGGAAGCAAAGCCAUGUGGGAACAAGUCAACAAGAUUAGAGGCUCUGAGAAAUCACUCAACACAUCAACCGUGCAGCAUAUUGAUGCCAACAAACUCAACACCCACUUUGUUUUCAUGUCAACCGACCCGUCCUACAAAAUUCCACCAACAAAAGCAACAACAAUCAAUAGUCGUCAACAUCAACAAUUUACCCCAUAUUCCGUCCUGCUCAUGCUAACGAAGGCUUGUCCAUCCGGUACAGAGGCAUCAAAUUAUUCGACAUCACUGAAUCACUCAUCAGCUCACGCAUCAAAUAUGCAGCUCCCUCCUGGUCUGGUUUUGCUACACAACAACAGCUCCAGCAACUACAAUCUCUCAUCAAAAAACUAA